AUGAGAGUGGUGUUCAUAUGUGGAAAAUGUGGAAAAAGGUACAUGAAUAAACAUCCGGCACUAUGCCAUGUGCCGAAGUGCGCUGCCCCAGCACCACCUCCUGUCGAGGCUCCGGUUACAGGUGAAGUGCACACCUGCGGAGUGUGCGGAGAGGUCUACCAAACAAAAAAUGGACUCUCGCAGCACGAAAGGCACCAGCAGGAUGCUGGAGCUAGAAAUAAUGUACAAAGGAGUAAGGAACAUAGCAGUACGAAUGACAGAACACCUGCCAGGGAAAACGGCCAGCAAAUAAGAGACAAAAGGGCGACACUGGUAUAUAAAAGAAGGAUGGCGGAGUUCUUGGCUGCAGAGUAUGGAGAGGAGGACGAAGCAGAAGAAGAAGGAGUAGAGAAAAGGAGAGAUGUGCCCGAGGAGGCGAGAGACUUGCCGGUUCCUCCCGGGGUUCCGCCACAUCCCGAAGCGGAAGCAGAUAAGGAGGAGGAAAUAGAUGUGCCCGCGGUGGUUGACGAGUUGCCUGUCCCCCCCGGGGUUCCGCCGCAUCUCAAUGCGGGAGAAGCCUGCACGGACACCGACACGGCGGUGUCCGGUAAUAAGUCCCCGGACUCUCUACCAGUAUCCGCAUGGAGAGAGGGAAUAGCAAGAAUGGUACUAAACGUGGAGAUCCCCAACGCUAUUCCACCCGGGGCAGCAGCUUGCGUCCAGCUGCUUGAAGGAGUCCUGGCAACAAUAGUAGAGAACCAUGGAGAGCUACCAUCAGAAGAAACACUGGAGAAAGUGGACGCAGAGGUAUGCAACGUGUUGAGUGCAAACGGUGAGACCCGCAAAACAAGGAAUAAAAGAAGCAAGCGCAAAAACAGGAGUAGAAAAGAAUACAUAUAUGCCAGGACUCAAGAGUUGUACAAAGAAAAUCCAAGCCUUUUAGCCAAACAUGCGAGAGAAGGUACCAGCUGGGCCGAAGAACCCAAAGCGGACCUAGAAACGGCCGAAAUAAGGAAAUUGUACAACUCAUUAUGGGGCAGGAAGCCCCAUAUUAAACUACCUGAGUUGGGGAAGGCCGAGCCUGAAACAGCCUUGGACAUCGUGCUGACCCCAAUCUCGGCAAAAGAAGUGAAGACACGGCUUGCCCGGAUAAAGGCCAAUGUGGCGCCGAGUCCGGACGGACUCAUAAAGAGGGAUGUGAGUCGUGCGGCAGACAUAGAAGUCCUCCGGCUCUGGUACAAUAUAAUUAUGGUCCGUGGAUACCAACCAGCAGCCUGGAGGGUAAACAGAACAACACUCCUACCUAAAGAGGGGCAGGACAAGAGUAAAGUAACAAAUUACAGACCUAUCACUAUCAGUUCAAUUCUGUCACGAUUAUACUGGGGGAUCGUUGAUCAGAAACUAAGAAGUGUAAUCACAAUGACACCCAGACAGAAAGGGUUCACGUCUGAAGCCGGGUGCUUCAACAAUGUCCACAUCCUCAAUGAAUUGCUUAGACAUGCCAAAGUAUCAGAAGGCCUGGUCGUAGCGCAAUUGGACGUCUCCAAAGCCUUUAACACAGUACCGCAUGAGGUCAUAGGAGUUGCGUUACGGAAGAAGGAACUACCCGAGUUUGUGGCUUGUGCAAAAACGGCACCACAGGCCAGUGAUCUGCUGGGUUAUGCGGAAGGCUACCUGAAUGGAUUAGGUAUGAAAAUUUCGGCGACAAAAUGCGCAGCCUUCCGCAUAAACACAACUAAAGACUCCUGGUACCUAGCGGAUUCCCGGCUGACACUUUUAAGUAGAGAAAGUAUCCCACAUCAAGGGCCUAAAAGAGAAUCUCUGCUCAGCGACCAACCGAAUAAGAAAGCUGGCGCUGAAACCAUACCAAAAGGUGAAUCUAAUCUCCACUUACCUAGUCUCACACUACCUGUACCAGUUGGUACUGGCAGUACCGCCAGUAACCUAUCUUAG